AUGGCCGAGCUGGAGGCGAAUAUUGAGGAAGUGGUGGUGAAGGAACAUCAGUGUCUCGAGUGCGGAAGGUCCUAUAAGAACAAGAAGCACUUAAACCGUCAUCUCCGUUUUGAGUGUUCCAACGAGCCACAGUUUCCCUGUCCGCUGUGUAAGCGCCUGUUCAAGCGCAAGUGUCACCUAGACAGCCACUUGUCCAAGCGCCACUUCAAGCCCAAGCAGGACAUAACUGUUGUGAACGUUCAAAGUGGGUAUUUCUUCAACCUUUUGAACGCAGAAAUAUCGACAGAGCUGAGCGAUCCCGAGUCCUUGGACGGUACAGCGGCUGACCACUUUAUGUGCACUCCGGACUUCACAGACAUCAGCCAAAGUAUUUUGGCAAAAGCAUUGCAGAAAGAACCAGACGAUAUAAUGAUAGAGACCGACCCCAGCGCGGCGGACGUGAAGAUCUGGGACUACCAAUGUCCUCAGUGCGGCAACACGUUCGCUCAGAAGCGGUACCUGGCCUUCCAUCUGAAGAACACCUGCCAGAAGGAGCCCAAGUACUUCUGCGCCAUGUGCAGCGCCAAAUACAAGAAGAAGUACGAUCUCGAGGCCCACAUCCUGCACAAACACAUGGAAAACUGA